CAACAUUCUUUUAAAGAGAUAUUUUAGGUUGAUCCUAAAUCUAGAAUCGGUCCUCUUAUUGCCAAAGGGAAAGGGAUCCCCAAGUGACAAGAAGACACUUCCUGCUAUGAACUGGUUUGGAUGUUACUUCUCUAAGUGUCCUCAGGAUGUUUCCUUACUCAACGCACACUCACCUCUGCUGUUUUCACUGAUCUCAUCUGAAGAUGGACAUUUUAUUUCCAAUUUGAGGACCCACCCACCAGCCUGCCCUGUGGUGAAGCAGCCUGUCCGAGGAGCCAGUAGCAGGACCACAAUCACAGCGAUUGUUCAGACUGGUGGGGACUGGAGCACUGGCCUCUUCAGUGUCUGCAAAGAUAGGAGAAUUUGUUUUUGUGGCCUGUUUUGUCCCAUGUGUCUUGAGAGUGACAUCGCCAGGUAUUAUGGAGAAUGUCUUUGUUGGCCAUUGUUACCUGGGUCAACCUUUGCAUUGAGAAUUGGCACCAGAGAGAGAUAUAAAAUACAGGGCACCUUGUGUGAGGACUGGCUGGUGGUGCACUGCUGUUGGCCUUUUUCCGUCUGUCAGGUGGCCCGGGAGCUCAAGAUGAGAAGCUCCCAACUCUAUGAAAUCUGUGUAGUCCCUUCAGCUAAGGAUGCUUUCGUUUGACAGCAAGAUAACUCCUCCUGUUCCUCACACCUCAUGCCUUUCCCUCAUACCGCUCCUGGAGAAAGAUGUUUUUCUUCAUAAAUUUUCUCU